CUAAAUUUCCUAAAAACAGAGUAAAGUUCGAAGGGUAAUUUGGGAUAUACAAAUUUGGUAGAUAGGGCAUUUCAGAUUUUUCAAAAUAUAAGGAAAACGGAGGAAGAUGAAACGAUGAAUGAGGAGCGAGAGAGAGAGAGCCGUUAACUCCCAUAGCCGACUGUGUUAAGAAUUCAGAGGAAAUAUGAUAAAGGACGAGUUCUAGGGUUUCUACAAGUGCCUGAAAUGAAAGCUUUGAGAGCUCUGAGGGGAAUUUCUACCCUUUCUACGUUAACCCACAGAACUCAUCUCAGCUCUAUCCAUUUCAUUCGAUUCUAUGCAUCCGAACCUCAACAAGACGACCCCAUCAACACCGGUGAAGACAGUGAUGACAUUCCUGCCUUUGACAGUAGUGAUUAUGCAUUGCCUACUAUCGAUUUGGAUUCUGAAGCCAAACAUCCAAGGCAGCCUAUAUGGAAUAAGGAAUAUCGGAUGAGGGUUGAUCAGAAAAUAUUUGGGAUUGAAACCCAGAAGGAAAGUUCUAAAGUUGUGGUCCAAGAUGAAGAGGGACGGCGUGCUUCCUUGCUUGCAAAAGCUUUGCUUCACGCAGCAUUGGAGAAGCCCGAUGAUGUUGAAGAAGAGGACAUGGUUGUGAAGGAGGAAGAUCAGAAGUCGUUGUCUGUUGGGAUUAUUGGAGCUCCUAAUGCUGGGAAAUCAGCUCUCACAAAUUUCAUGGUUGGAACAAAAGUUUCUGCUGUUUCACGGAAGACAAAUACAACAAUCCAUGAAGUCUUAGGAGUGAUGACUAAAGGAAACACACAGAUUUGCUUCUUUGAUACUCCAGGUCUAAUGUUGAAAAGUAGUGGUCACCCUUUUAAAACUGAUGUGAAAGUUCGUGUAGUAAGUGCUUGGACCUCUGUUGAUCUGUACGAUGUGCUAAUAGUAAUUUUUGAUGUCCAUAGGCAUCUUUCCAAACCUGACAAGAGGGUCUUAAAGUUGAUUAAACAUUUGGGAGCACAGGCACACCCAAAGCAAAAGCGGGUGUUAUGCAUGAAUAAGGUUGAUCUAGUUGAAGUGAAGAAAGACUUGUUGAAAGUUGCUGAAGAAUUUGGUGAUCUUCCUGGAUAUGAAAGAUAUUUUAUGAUAUCGGGUCUCAAAGGUUCAGGAGUAAAAAAUCUCACUCAAUAUUUGAUGGAUCAGGCAGUUAAAAGACCCUGGGAUGAAGAACCCUCCACCUUGAGUGAAGAUGUAAUGAAGAAUAUAUCAUUAGAAGUAGUCCGGGAAAAGAUGUUACACCAUAUUCAUCAGGAAAUUCCCUAUAUUAUGGAUCAUCGCUUGAUGGAUUGGAAGGAGCUGAGGGACGGUUCUCUUAGGAUUGAGCAGCAUUUUAUCACUCAAAAACAAAGCCAGCGCAAGAUUCUGGUGGGAAAGAAUGGAUCUAAAAUAGGGAGAAUAGGUGUGGAAGCAAAUGAAGAGUUGAGGUCCAUCUUCAAGAGGCACGUACAUCUUAUCCUCCAAGUUCGAGUGGCUUGAAGCAGGCAUAAGAUGAAUCCUGUCCCAGUGAGUUAACACUUUGGAUCUGCAUCAAGUUGUACAAAUGUAGCUUAUGUAUUCAUAGCGGGAUUCUAAAUUUUGAAGGCCAUCUAGAGUUAGGUUUCUUAGUAGUCUUCAUGGUUUAUUAGCCUUACAAGUGGAAGCUGAAAUUGGGGACUGUCUGCUCCCAUUUCAGUGAAACGGAUAUUGUCUGGGUCCGGGUGGGGAUACCCAUAAAUAACCUACCGGAAUAAAAAAAAUUUUAAAAGAUGAAGGGUUCCAUUUUUUUUGGGUGGGGGCGGGGUGUUGGGGGUGGGGGGUGAUGGGUUUAAUGGGUUUAACAUUUUUCACUUCUGUAAUUACCUUGGAUGGAUGAAGAUAUUCUGGACUUUCUGAUCCUAUACAAAGUGAAGGCCGAAGUGACAAUUUUACAGAAAUCCUAUUAAAAAUGGAUGUAGUUAAUCUUUGUUAGGGGUUUUCCAUUGGCUCUGUUUGUUUUGGCGUAAAAUAGCUGAAAAUGAAAAUUUACUCUUAAUUUUGUUUUAGCGUAAAAUUGAUGAAAAUGAAAAUUUACUCUUAA